GCCUUCACCCUGCUUACCCUAUUACAUUUCUGCAAAAGAACACAAGGCAAACGAGGUAACUCUUCGUGAGGCAGUUCUGAAUGUUGAAGAAGGCAAUGAAGAGAGGAAGAAGACACGGUGUGAGUGAAAAUGAAAUUGAAGAGAACAAUAGUGACAGGCUCAGCGAUUUGCCUGAUUGCAUUCUCCUUCACAUUCUCUCAUUUUUAGCUGCCAAAUCCGCAGUUCAAACAUGCAUGUUAUCCACGAGAUGGGAGAAUCUUUGGAAACAACUUCCAGUCCUUGUUUUGCAACCCCAACGCGACUUUUCCACUUAUCAGAAGUUCACCAAAUUUUUGUCUAGGCUUUUGACUCUUCGUGAUGGCUCAGCCGCGCUGCACUUUCUCUAUUUUUGGCGCAAUCGUCCCAUCCAGACUCAGCUCCUCAAUAGGAUGGUAAAAUAUGCUGUUUCACACCAUAUUCAAAAAUUACGUCUUUUCGUUUUGUGCAAUAUUCAAGACUUCCCGCGGUGCAUCUUUUCAUGUCAGACUUUGACAUCUCUACAGCUCGGAGUUCACUCCAAAAGUGCUACUUCAGAGAGAAUGGCAUUGCCGAAAUCUCUUAACUUGCCCGCAUUAACAUCCUUCUAUCUUGAGAAUUUCUCAUUUUCUGGGAAUGGAAUUGACGGUCGCGCAGAGCCUUUUUCGGCUCUUAUCAGGUUGAAUAGUUUAAUCAUUCAUAAUUGUACCCUCAGUGAUGAUGCGAAUAUCCUUUGCAUAUCUAGUAGGACUUUAUGUCACUUAACUGUGAUUGAUUAUUCUCUGGUUUUAUACAAAAUUGAGCUAUCUUCUCCAAGCCUUCGUGCCUUCACCUUACAGGGCAUUCCUAGUAUGCCACACAGUGGGAGCAAUCUUUCUUCCAUUGAACAAGUGAAUAUUAAUGCAGCAAUUUGGUCUGUUGACCAAGGAAUUCUUCAGUCGGAAAAGUGGGGAACUUUCCCUAGUGCUUCUUUUGCUAUACUCAACUGGCUGAUAAAACUUUCCAAUAUAAAAUCAUUGGCAAUCACUACAAGUACUCUUCAGGUUCUUAGGUUAUUUCCUCUUUUAUCGGAGGUUAAGCCUCCUAUGUUGAGUACCUUGGAGUCAUUGAAAAUAAUACCGGUACAGUUUUCAUCUGGACUUCCCACGACAUCGAGAGGAGAACCUAUGCUUAUACCUAUACCUGAUGGAAUAGUAAACUUUUUGCUUCGAAACUCGCCGUCGGCAAAGGUUGACAUCAUACCGCCGCGCUGAGGACCAUAUAUUGAAAGGAAGUUAUUGGUGCUUUGUGGAUAGAUCUUUAUUUUGCGGUAUGAAAAGAAAGGAAGGAAGACAGAAAGAAUUCCUAGGCACUUAUUUUCUGUUAUGAUAUUUUUGAAUUUUGGAACUCAUUUUCAGAUAUUUAAGUUUAUAUAUUUUAGCUUUUGUUUUGCAAUUGAAUAAACCAAAUUCAGUUGGGAUGACAUACACAUUGUUUGCUUCUAUCAUGGU